AUGAGUUUAGUACCAGAAACUUCGGAAAGAUCUGCUAUGGUUACAUCACCGGACUUCACAGCAUUGGGAGCUCAGUUAAGUGAGGUACUUGGCAAGUUUAAUGAGUUAAGUACUGAAAUAGCCGCACAAAGGCGUGUAAUUGAUCAGUUGAUCGCAAGCAGUAGUGGUGGUGUCCUGAACGACCAAAAAUCUGUCGAUAAUCAUCCAUCUGCACAAGACCAUCAACCACCCCACACAUCCAAUGCCCAAACAACUUUCCUUCCUCCCUUCGCUAAUCCUCUUGAAAAUACCUUUACCCGACUAAACUCAGACCUUUACUAUAUGCAUUCGAAUUAUAUAUUGAUUAACUCAACCAAUAACCAAAUCCCUCAAACUCAUCCACAAACCAAUCUGAACGUUCCCCCUAACCCUCAGGAACCCCACCACCACAUUGCAGAACCUUUUGUGUUGGAUACUGCAUCUCAAGGGAAGGCGGCGAUAGAAGAACAACCCGCACCUAUUGACAAGGAUCUGUUGAGAAAGUUGGAUCGAUUCGAUGAUUUUAUGAAGAAGAAUCAAGGAUUGAGCAGACAUGGUCGGUUGGACUACUAUGAAUUGUGUCUUUUCCCAGAUAUUCAGCUACCAUUGAGAUUCAAAACUCCCAAAUUCAGUAAGUAUGAUGGAACUGGAAUUCCUAAGACGCAUCUCAAGAUGUUUGCCAACAAGUUGGGUAAGCCCAUGGAUGAUGAAAAUCUGCCUAUGCGUCUAUUUUCGGAAAGUUUAGAGGGAGAUGCUCUAGAUUGGUAUUCAAAUUUGAAGUUUGGAGAGGUCAAAAUCUGGUUGGAUUUGUCAAUAGCUUUUGCGAAGCAAUAUGAGUUUAACUGUGAGUUAGCACCGACACGAAUAACACUGGAGGGUACAAAAAGAAAGCCAUUGGAAGAUCAUAAGACCUACGCAAAGCGGUGGAGAAAGUUAGCUGCCAAAGUGGAACCUCCUAUUACUGAGGACGAGAUUGUUCGUACUUUCAUCAAGACUCAUGAUCCACCAUACUUUGAAGAGAUCUUUCGCAUGACUGAAAGUUCAUUUACUGCUAUUAUUAACAAGCUGGAGGAAUACGAUGAGUUUGUCAAAACAAGGAAGAUUGUUAAUGUAUCGGCAUUAAAGUUGCAAUUGGACGCUCUACAGAAUCAAAGUAACAUUGGAAAAAAGCCCCAAUUCAAGAAGAAAGAAGGAGACACUGCUUUUAUAUGGGAUCAAGGCCCGUCUUUUAGACCCAAAAUCCGAAACCCUCCCACAUAUUCGGUUCCUUAUCCAUAUUAUCCUAACCCUCAACCAGUCUACCAAACUACUACCCAAUUUCAUCAUUCCCGACCAAGUCACUUGAAUACUUCACCGUUUCCUCCAACCCCACAACCUAUCUUUCAAAAUCACUCCCAUCCCGUUUACCAUUCUAGACCAACCCUGCAAAACAAUAACCCCACUCAAAAUUCUUUUCAAACCAGUGGAGUUCAAAUUCAAAGGCAAUUUCGAACAUUUACCACCUUGGGCCGACCUAUUGAUCAAUUGUAUGAGCAGUUAAAAGCAACUGGAAAAAUUGGCACCGUUCCUCCUAAACUUUAUCCCAAAGGCAUUCCUCCAAGUUAUAAUGCGCAAGCAAUUUGUGCUAAUCACUCUGGAAGUCCAGGUCAUACCACUGGCAAUUAUUGGGCUCUAAAACAUAAGAUCCAGAAUAUGAUUGUUUCUGGAGACAUUCUUCUUAGAAGAAAGGGAGAACAAAGACCCAAUGUCAGUAAGAAUCUUUUACCUGAGCAUGGAAGCACUGUAGGAGUUAUCAUCACUGAUGAAAAUUUUAUCGAUCCCACUCAGUACAUUGUAGAUGAAACUGAGGUGUUUGGUGUAAUAGAAACUGACCACACGAGAAUGAGAAAAUCGCUGUCUGCUGAGAAGUUCAUGACUAAUGAUGAUGUUGAGGAAAAUUUGAAAUCUCUUGUAUUUGAAAAAGAGGAACCAUUUAUAGUGGAAAGAGGAGUUUCUGAGGUUGACAAAUCUCUUUUUAUUCUGGAUCUACCAUCUUUUGAAUGGGAUAUAUCAGAGCCUGUCAUUCUUGAAUUUUCGGAACAAAUGCCUAUCAAUAACUUGCAAGAGGUGCCAUGGAACUACAAAGAGUCUAUUCUAUUGGUUGGAGAUAAAAAAUGCUUAAAGGAAGAGGUAUCUACUAUUGCCACGUCAGGGAGAAUUGUGAAAAACUCCGAUAUUGAUGUUCAGUCCAGGGCCAAGGUUAAAUCUCCGACGCCCAAGCCUCGUGUGUCUGAAAAUGAAGCUGUAGAUUUUCUGAAGAUGUUGAAGAGAAGUGAAUACAAAAUAGUGGAGCAGUUGGAUAGGAUGCCUAGUCAGAUUUCUUUUCUGAAUCUUCUCUUGACCUCCCAGCUACACAAAGAAGCAUUGCUCAAAAUUCUGAACGAAACUCAAAUCCCUAAAGAUAUUCCGGUGGAUAAAUUAUCUAACAUUGUGGGGAAUAUACUUGCUGCUAAUCAUAUUACCUUCUUCGAUGAUGAUCUGACUGCAGAAGGGAUCGGGCAUAACAGAGUCUUGUAUAUAUCAGUCCGCUGCAAUGAAAAGCUGUUGCCGAGGGUUUUAGUGGAUAAUGGGUCAGCGUUGAAUAUCUGUUCAUGGAACACUCUCACCAAACUUGGAUUUCUUGACAUUAAACUCCGUCCAUCUGUAACUGUAGUUCGAGGAUUUGAUGGCUCAAGGAGGGAAUCUAUGGGUGAAGCAGAUCUGGUAUUGGAGAUAGGUCCUGCUCAAUUCCAAGUUACUUGCCAAGUCAUGGAUUUCUCCAGCGUUUACAAUAUUUUGUUUGGAAGACCUUGGAUACUUGUUUCCAAUUCAGUGUCAUCUUCUUUGCAUCAAAUGUUGAGGUUUAUUGUGAAUUAUCAGCUCAUUACUGUGUUUGCUGAGAAUGACUGUACCAUGAUUGUUGAUGCAAAAUUCAAAAGUGAAAACAGAAAAAGGACUCCAAUUUCAUCUCAUCACAUUGCUGACAUCGUCUCUGUGGGAUGGGUAUCCAGAGAUAAGUCGCUAACUAAAUCAGACUUACCAGAGGCCAGUAUCAUGAUGGCUAAGGAGAUGGUCAGAGGCGGAUAUGAAAUAGGAAAAGGUCUUGGGCGGGAAUUGCAAGGAAUUUUGGAACCAAUAGAGAUCCCGAUGCAAAUUGAUACAUUUGGACUGAGAUUUCAUCCAACUGCUAAGGAUAGAAAGGAAAUGCAAGCUCGAAAACAAGCUGAAAAAAAGGGUAAGCAAAUUGUCUUAAAUGUCCCACCGCUAUAUCACACUUUUUCUCGGCCAUCAGAAGUGAUCAUGCCAGAAAUAAAAAAUCCUGUGGAGGAGAUUGAAGUGGACCUAUCUCAAUUAUUUGUCGGGGCAACUUGUGAGGAGGAGCCAUCAGAGAAUUCAGAAUUUUUGCCAAUUACCGAAGGAGCCAUUCAAAAUUGGACUGUUGAUUAUCUUCCCUCUCGAAGAGAAUUUCGGUAA